AUGUUGAAGCCAAUCACCCCAGGGUCGAAUGUCCCUAUCGCUAUCUGCGGCAUGGGAAUGCGAUUGCCCGGUGGGAUCCACCAUGAGGAGGAGCUUUAUAAUUUCCUCAUCGAGCAGAAAGAUGCUCGUUCUAUUGUUCCCCGCAAUCGAUACAAUGUCGACGCCCACUUCAGUCCUCAUGGCAAAAAAGGCACAGUAAUCACGCGACAGGGCUACUUCCUUGACGCCGAUCUGGCAAAUUUCGAUCCCACUACGUUCAAGAUCACGGCGACCGAGGCUUCUCACCUGGACCCCAAUCAAAGACUGUGCUUGGAAGUAGUUCGCGAAGCUCUCGAAAGCGCCGGCGAGAUAAAUUGGCGGGGAAAGAAGAUUGGAACAUAUGUGGGCUUGUUCGGAGAGGAUUGGCAGGAUAUGCGGCAAAAGGAUGCCAGUUUCAACAGCUCCUACGGACUGAUCGGCGCGCUGGAUUAUGCAAUCGCCAAUCGAAUUUCAUAUGAAUAUGAUCUAAAGGGGCCAAGUGUGAUGGUGAAGACCGCAUGUUCGUCAGCCGCAGUCGGCCUACACGAGGCGAUGCAGGAGAUCCAAAGAGGCAACAUCACUUCGGCGAUCGUGGCAGGAGCAAACCUGAUCUUCGCACCAGGAAUGACAGUUGCAAUGAGCAUUCAAGCAGCACUAUCUCCGGAAGGAUCGUCCAAGUCAUUUGAUGCAGCUGCAGACGGCUAUGCUCGCGGAGAAGCUGUGACAGCGAUAUAUAUCAAGCGGCUUGACGAGGCGAUUCGAGACGGGAACCCCAUCCGGGCUAUUCUUCGAGCAUCAUCCAGCAAUUCUGAUGGAAGGACACUCGGAUUCAGUACCCCGAAUGCCGACUCCCACGAGGCAGCCAUGCGUGAGGCAUAUUCGGUUGCUGGCCUAGACUUUUCUCAGACCGCAAUGGUAGAGGCACACGGCACGGGGACAGCUACGGGUGAUCCAAUCGAGGCAGAGGCAAUUGCUAGGUGUUUCGGCAAGGAAGGGGUGUACAUUGGCGCCGUCAAACCAAACCUGGGUCAUAGUGAAGGCGCCGCAGCUCUCACGAGUCUCAUCAAAGCGGUGGUCUCGCUUGAACACCAAACAAUCAUCCCGAAUAUCAAGUUCAAGACACCCAAUCCAGCGAUCCCAUGGAAAACGGCAAAGCUACAAGUCCCGGUGAAGUGUGAACUCAUACGGCAUUGGUGGAUCUAA